UAGUAACAUAAAACGGAAAAUUGAUACAAAGAAACAAUAGCAUUUUUCCUACGAAGAUAAGUAUACAUUUCAGCUGGAUGCAAGUCUUGUCGGAUACAGCAUAAGGAUAUACAUGUAUCUGGAGAUACCAUAGUGCACUAUUUUCUAAUUUGAUAUACAGACAAAACAAUAAGAAAUAAUGGUAUACAGACGGAAACAGGAUGAUGUUUUUAAAAUCAAAUCGCCGGCUGCAGCACUUUCGAAAAUCUUGCCAGUCCGAGUUCAACAUGUCCAAUGUGACAUGAAAAGCAAAAAGGUUGAGAUGCUGAAAAGGUCAGAACAUGAACAUCUGCGAGAAAUUUUUGCAAAGUAUGCAAGUGGUACAACCAGCAGUGGAGAAAAAUUUAUGACAUACUCAGACUUAAUACAGAAAUAUCUACAGCUUCUUGAAAUUGAUAAUUAUGAUGAAUACACAUUAUCGUUGUUUGGUUCCAGUGUUGAUACCAGUAGGGAUAACAUGAUCUCGUAUACUGAGUUCCAGGCGUUUGAAGCACUGCUCUGUUUACCUGAUGCCAUGUAUGCUCUAGCCUUCCAGAUCUUUGACAGGAAUGGUAAUGGCUAUAUAACUGGAGAUGAAUUUCAAGAUAUUAUUAACCACACAACCUUGAAUCGUGAAAUUCCUUUUGAUUUUAAUUGUGAUUUUAUAAAGCUACACUUUGGAAAAGAUAAGGACAGGAAAGUAACUUACAGUGAAUUUACACAGUUAAUACAUGAUUUCCACGAAGAACAUGCACUCCAGGCAUUUCGAAAAUUUGACAAAAAAAAUACUGGUAGCAUUAGUGCCAAAGAUUUUGAAUAUUUGAUGGUUUCAUUGAAGAGUUUUUUGUUGUCUGAAUUUGUGAAAGACAACCUUGUUACAGUAACUGUUGGAGGGGGUGGACACCGACACGUCAGCUAUGCCUAUUUUUCAGCUUUUGUCUCAUUGCUAAAUAAUAUGGAAUUGGUAAAGAAGUUAUACCUUGCCAUAACUAGAGGGAACAGAAAUGUUGAGGUCACAAAAGAGGAAAUGUUGUACCAAGCUCAAGAAUUUGCACAGAUUACGCCAUUAGAAAUAGAUAUUUUAUGUCAACUUGUUGGUAUACAACACCAAACUGGUCGAAUAAAUUUUGAAGAUUUAGAGGUAAUAUCACCAAUUGAAGGACGAGAGACACCAUUUACUCUUCAGAUGCAGAUUGCUGAGGAAAAACUACGGUUUGAACAAGGAGCAGAAAGAACUCCACUACUGAGUGUUUUGGAAUCUGGGUACAGAUUUUUUCUUGGCUCUAUAGCUGGAGCUACCGGUGCUACUACUGUGUAUCCAAUUGAUCUUGUCAAAACCAGACUUCAGAAUCAGAGAUCAGCAAUGGUGGGAGAAUUGAUGUACAAAAAUAGCUGGGAUUGUUUUAAUAAAGUGUUACGACAUGAAGGUGCUAGAGGUCUUUACCGUGGCCUGGGACCACAACUAGUAGGAGUAUGUCCUGAAAAGGCUAUUAAAUUGACUAUGAAUGAUUUUAUGAGAGACCAGUUGAUGAAUAAGGAUGGCUCUCUGCCUCUUUGGGCUGAAAUGGUUGCUGGUGGAACGGCAGGUGCUUCACAAGUUAUGUUUACAAAUCCUUUAGAAAUUGUUAAGAUUCGUCUGCAAGUUGCAGGAGAAAUAGUGGGAGGUGCUAGAGUUAGUGCUUUUACAGUAAUAAAAGAGCUUGGACUAAUGGGACUUUACAAGGGUUCCAGAGCAUGUUUCCUUAGGGACAUACCCUUUUCAGCUAUUUAUUUCCCUGCUUAUGCUCAUGUCAAGAAAAUGUUGGCUGAUGAAAAUGGUUAUAAUCAUCCUGGAACUCUUUUACUGGCAGCUACUAUUGCAGGUAUGCCAGCAGCAGCUAUUCCAACCCCAGCUGAUGUUAUUAAAACCAGGUUACAGGUAGCAUCUAGAAAAGGUCAAACAACAUACAGAGGCUUAAUGCACUGUGCUCAAACUAUACUUAGGGAGGAAGGAUUCUCAGCUUUCUGGAAAGGAACACCAGCUCGAGUGUUACGGUCGUCGCCUCAAUUUGGUGUGACAUUGCUAACAUAUGAAUUAUUACAGAGAACAUUUAGAAUUGAUUUUGGAGGAAGGAGACCUGAAGGAUCUGAAGCUAGUGCAACGAAAAUUGAAGAACAAUUAUCUCGAAAUCCAGAUCAUAUAGGUGGUUAUAGACUUGCAAAGGCAACUUUUGCAGGAAUGGAGGCCAAGUUUGGACUUAUGUUGCCAAAGUUUAACAAGAGUGUGGGUUAAUAUUCCUGAAACCUAGUUUUGUUAUAAAGAAUUUUUAAAUUAUAGACAGUUGGCGAUUUGUUAUAUAUUUAUUGUUUUGUUUUUUUAAACUGGACAAUAAUUUCAUCAAUGUUAAUGGCUGUGCCAAUAUCAUGAUGAAUUCAGACAUAAUUGUUCACAUUUGUAAGAAAUGGCUGUUAUAGUGGAAGACAAAAUAGUCAGCUAUGGUGAAAAAUAAAGACGUGUUUUUAACUUUGAAUUUAUAAAGUUGAUUUUAGCUGGCCAACAGGAAUUUAACCUAUUACCAUCACUUAGAAAGUGCCUGUUGAACACUAACUGUUUUGAAAUCUAUGUUUUAAGCCUUCUGGACAGUUUUUUAGGUUGUUUAGAAUGACCCUUUAGUCAUUUUUAUUGUAGUUAGAUUCAAAGGUACGAAAGAGUUAAAUAAGAGAUUGUACUUCUUUGCUGUAUAAGAAUCUAGAAUUUUUAAAAUACUCAAGAUCUCAAAUGAAGGAUUUUUUUAAAAUGAUAAGAUGAACCUGUUGACAAUAAAUAGGGAUAAACUACUGCAAGUUAUUUAGAUCCUAAAUAAUUAUACUUAGAAAGGUUUUGAUUAUAAUUAGCAAAUUGAUAAUACCUCAUUUUAAAAUUAAUCUUUCAUGCAAAACAAUAAUUUGACCUCAUUUAGGUAUGUAUGCAUGCAACCUUUAGUUUGACCCUUAGUUGGAAGGAUUUUUACACAUGUGCUUAGCAUGUCUAGUGAUUGAAACAAAUAUCAGCUGUGAAAGUAAAACUAGGGAACGGAAGCAACUGGAAAACUAAUAUCUUUGAUUGAUUCAACCCUAAAAAAUAAGUCUUAUUCAGGUUAUAAGUAAAUGGUUUAAUUUUUGUAUAUUUGAAAUCAGAAUAAAUGGGACUGAGAAAGUAACAACUUUUUGAAUUUACAGUUUAAUUUCAGAGUUUGUUGAGUUUUAUUAAUGUGUUUACCUGUCUAUAAGUAUUUUAUGUUUACCUGCCUAAUUCUAUUUGUAAUUAUAAAAUGGUCAUAGGCCAGAUAACAGAUUAAAUCAAAGGUACUGUGUCUCAAGCAAUCUGAGAACUAAAUUUUUCAGACUUGUUUCCAAAGCCUCAGGUUUAUAUAUUCAAGUUUUCAUAUUUUUUCAGUUUCCUAAACUUCUUUGCCUUUUACUGUUACUGUGAAAGUACUUUAAUUCCUGGGUAUCAAUUUUCGUGGUUUGAGCAACAUUUACAUGUUUGUGGGUUUUUAAAUUCAUGGAUUUUAGUUUUUAUAAAAAAAAUUACAAAAUAUAAGCCAUGAGAAACAAAGGUUACAAAAUGGCUUGAUUGAAGGAAAUUACAAAGUAAACAUUGACCUGUGUAAAUUGUAGUGACCAUAUAUAUUGAAGUGAUCACACUAAUUAACCCUAGUUAGACAUGUUAGAGUGCUCAAUAGAUUAAAUACCAUCAAAGGUGUUAAUUAGGCCAUACACAUGUCACCUAACGAAAACAGUAACAUGAACAAAUGCUUUAAACGUAUUUUGAAUUGAAAAAUCAUUCUUAUCAAAAGCAGCCCAGCAUGAAAUUUUUAUUUCCCAUACGUACGCGAAUUAUGAGGAUAUAAAAUGAACACUUUAUCAUAGCAUAUCAAAACCGGAAAUCUGACUUCCAUUGAUCAAAUUGUUUUUCCAUUACGAGAAUCUGGGACUAUUAUACUAACUAUUUAGUAUAAUAGUCCCAGUGAGAAUUAAAAAACAAAAAUUGUACAGUUUGGGUUUUUAAAGAUUAAAUGGGUAUAAUUCUGCCUGCAGUUGUAGUUCAUAGUGCGUCUUUCCUGUAACUACUAUUAUAGUAUUCUGCGAUUUGGUAAUAUUCAUUGUAUUCUCUAGUUCUUAUCAAUUCUGCAUGGAGAUCUUUCCAUGUCUUGACUUUAACAACGGUUGUUUUAUUUCGUUGGACACUUAAAUUCUUGGAUACAGGAAUCACGAAAACCAUGAAAAUUGGUUCCCCACGAAUAAAAGUAAUUUCACAGUAUCAUAAGAAAUGGUGGUCUGAAGGUCUGUAGAAAAGUCCGUCCAUAAUGCCAUCUCUUACAUGUAUAUCUAACCAGUGUUGUUAUGCAGGAAUUAAUUAUAGGCCGUUUGGUACAAGGACAGUUAUUGUACUUUGAUUUUUGUUGUCAACAAAUUUAGUCCCUAGUGUGGACUCUGUAUAACUUGCAAAUUUUAUCAAACACUUUCCAGAUUAUUUCUUUAUAUUUUAUGCAUGAAAUAUUAUUAAAGAAAGGGGAUGAAAUAACAUGUAAACAAAUUUUUUUGUGAUGAACUUUUAUGAAAAGUAUUGAAGUAGGGGUCCAGUUAAAAAGAUAAAAAAAAAAUAGUAUGUCGGUAGAUAUCAACCUGAAUUAUAGACCCCCUUAAGAUAGAAUUAUUCAUAUGUUGAGUUAGAGCUAGUAUACUUUUCUAUAAUGUGUCUUAUUAUUUGUCCCAAAAGUGGUACCUAAGCUGUAAGAAUCUUUUUUUGAGAAAGAGCAUGUGCAAUUUUUUUAAUUUAUUUUUUUUUGUCCAAAAGAAAUGCACUUUGAAAUGCCAUUUUUUCUUCAAAUAUAAUUUAAUUUUAUCCUUAAAAAAGAGGUUAAACAUAGAGAAAUUUAUUUAUGAAAUAAUUGUUAAAUCUAGGGUAUUACAGAUAUCAGUUUAUUAAGUUUAUCAGUGAAAUUUAUUUUUGUUUUGAUUGUUGCCUUAUUGUUUAUACCUCCACUUUUAGUACGGGCUUGUACUUACAGUAUUAUGGGCUAUAUUGCAAUUCAUCUAUUUUUUUGUCACAGUUUUCCAGAAUAAUUGUAUAUUUGGUCAGCAGGUUAACAGUGAUGACUUGUUACUUGUGUAAACCUGUUGUAUCUGUCAUUAGACUUACCUCCUGUUCCCCAAUACUUUGAAUUUUUGGAUGUUGAAUAAAAACAAUAUUUUUACAUAGUUGGAAGUUUGAUGGUGAUGAGCUGUAAAGUGUGAUUGCUUUUCUGAUUUGUCAGUCAACUUAGAACUACUUACUUUUUUCUGAUACUUUUAUUACCAGUAAGGCAAAUUGUGUGCAACUUCUUGUUUUGUUUUAAAGAAUUUUCCGAAAUUUUUUGUUGUUAUUAUCUCUUUGUCAAAUCACAUACUACAACAAUGUGUGCAAGUUCUUGUUUUAUUUUAAAGAAUUCUUUAUCAAUUGUUUUGUUGUUUUUAUCUAUUUGUCAAAACACAUACUAAUGGUUUCUUAAUAAAAACAAAAACCUAAUUAAA